AUGAGCAGGCCAGUGGUGCCCUUUAGAUUUUUCCUCAGUGCCUUCCUGGGGCCCCCACACCUCGACGUGGAACUCCUGCAGAAGGCCAACUCUGCUUCAAGGAGGGAGACUCGGGAACACCAAGCAGAGCCUGUGGUUUCCGCACACAAUGGCUUAUCUGUCCUGCAACUAGCCGCGACCCCGGCGGGCACCCACGUGGUGGCCUUGGUGCCUGUGCGCUGGCUGGCCAGCCUCCGUGAGCGCCGGCUGCCCCCGGGCCCCUGCCCCCGGGCCGAGGGCCUGAGUGAGGCGGAAGUCAGGACACUCCUGCAGCGCUCCGUGCAGAGGUUGCCCUCGGGGUGGACGCGCGUGGAGGUUCACGGGCUGCGGAAGCGGAGACUCUCCUACUCACUAGCCGGGGGGCUGCCCUUUGAGGAGGGUUCCUGUAGCCCGGAGACCCUUACUCGCUUCAUGCAGGAUGUGGCUGCGCAGAAUUAUCGCAACCUGUGGCGCCACGCGUACCACACUUACGGGCAGCCUUAUAGCCAUAGCCCGCCCCCCUGCGCUGGGCCUGCCCUGGACUUAGUGAGGCAGGCACUGCAAAAGGUCUAUGGUUGCACCUUCAUGCCAGUGGGGGAAGGGGCAACCCAAUGCCCAGCGUAUGCCAGAGAUGGGCCCUGCCCAGCUCGAGGCAGCCCAGCCUGCCCCAGCCUUCUGCAGGCCGAAGCCCUGCUGGAGUCGCCAGAGAUGCUUUACGUGGUCCAUCCGUAUGCGCAGUUCUCCCUGCAUGACGUGGUCACCUUCAGCCCUAACAAGCUGACCAACAGCCAAGCCAAGGUGCUCUUCAUUCUCUUCCGGGUGCUGCGGGCCAUGAAGGCCUGUCACCUCCGGGGGCUGGCCUGCGGGGCCCUGACUUUGCACCACAUCGCCUUGGAUGAGAAGCUUUGCAGCCAGCUCCGGCUGGACCUGAGUGCGUAUGAGCGGCCCUUGGAGGACGAAGACCCAGAGAGCCCUGGAGCAGGGGAGAGGCCGGGCCCUGCGCCUGGGCACGGGAGGGAAGCGGGGCCCGGGUGUCUAACCUGCCAAGAGGAACUUAGGAACCUCGUGGGAGACUGGGUCCAUGGCCGCAUCAGCAACUUCCACUACCUCAUGCAGCUGAACCGGCUGGCUGGGCGGCGGCAGGGUGAUCCCAACUACCACCCGGUGCUGCCCUGGGUAGUGGACUUCACCACGCCCCACGGGCGCUUCCGGGACCUGCGCAAGUCCAAGUUCCGCCUCAACAAGGGCGACAAGCAGCUGGACUUCACCUACGAGAUGACACGGCAGGCGUUUGUGGCCGGCGGUGCGGGCGGCGGGGAGCCCCCUCACGUGCCUCACCACAUCUCAGACGUGCUCUCCGACAUCACGUACUACGUGUACAAAGCUCGGCGCACACCCCGUGCAGUGCUCUGUGGCCACGUCCGGGCGCAGUGGGAGCCCCACGAGUACCCGGCCAGCAUGGAGCGCAUGCAGAGCUGGACCCCCGAUGAGUGCAUCCCCGAGUUCUACACAGACCCCUCGAUCUUCUGCUCCAUCCAUCCUGACAUGCCUGACCUGGAUGUGCCGGCCUGGUGCCGCUCCAGCCAAGAGUUUGUGGCUGCCCACCGGGCGCUGCUGGAGAGCCGCGAGGUGUCCCAGGACCUGCACCACUGGAUUGACCUCACUUUCGGCUACAAGCUGCAGGGCAAGGAGGCGGUGAAGGAGAAGAACGUGUGUCUGCACUUGGUGGACGCCCACACGCACCUGACCAGCUAUGGGGUCGUGCAGCUCUUCGACCAGCCGCAUCCCCAGCGCCUGGCUGGCACACCCUCCCUGGCCCCCGAGCCUCCGCUUAUCCCCCGGCUGUUGGUCCAGCCCGUCCAGGAGACCACCGGCCGGGAGGACUUGCCGGGACAGCCAGCCGAUGGGGUGAGGAGGCUGGUUUUGGAGGCGACGCCUUGCGAGGCAGGCUGGACCAGGGACAGCCCGGGGCUGGAGGAAGACGACUUGGAGCAGGCCACGGAAGCUCUGGAUUCCAUCUCCCUGCCUGGGAAAGUGGGCGACCAGUUGGGCUCUGCCUCUGCCAGCCAAGUCCCCACCGGCCUCCUGGCCUUUGCCGUCACCGCAGCCUCCCGGCCAGGCCGCAGGAGCAAAGCUGCCGGGAACGAGCCUGGGGAGAGCGAGGAGGGGAAGAUCCUUCUUCCAGAGGGCUUCAGUCCCGUGCAGGCUCUGGAGGAGCUGGAGAAACUGGGCCAUUUCCUGAGCAAAGGCCUGGGUGGCCGGUUGGAUGCGCCUGCGCAACCCCAGGUCCGGCCACCCGUGCAGCUGCGGAACCUCUUCCAUCGGGACAUGCAGGCGCUGGGGGUCCUGCUGGCUGAGAUGGUCUUCGCCACCAGGGUCCGCACGCUGCGGCCUGGCGCGCCUUUGUGGGUGCGCUUCCAGGCUGUGCGGGAUCUGUGCACGCGCCACCCCAAAGACGUCCCCGUGUCUCUGCAGCCUGUGCUGGACUCCCUGCUGCAGCUGAGCGGGCCUGAAGGACCCGGGGCUGGAGAGUGGGGCAAGCUGGACCUGCUGUUUGAGUACAGGCCCGUCUCCCAGGGCCUGCCCCCACCCUGCCCGGCCCAGCUGCUCAGCCCCUUCAGCUCCGUGGUCCCCUUCCCGCCCUACUUUCCGGCGCUGCACAAAUUCAUCCUCCUGUACCAGGCCAGGCGCGUGGAGGACGAGGCGCAGGGCCGAGAGCUGGUGUUCGCUCUGUGGCAGCAGCUGGGCCCGGUGCUGAGUGACAUCACCCCCGAGGGCCUGGAGAUCCUGCUUCCCUUUGUGCUGUCUCUCAUGUCCGAGGAGUACACGGCUGUCCACACGGCCUGGUACCUCUUUGAACCCGUCGCCAAGGCGCUGGGCCCCAAGAACGCCAACAAGUACCUACUGAAACCACUCAUCGGUGCCUACGAGAGCCCGUGCCGGCUCCACGGCCGCUUCUACCUGUACACAGACUGCUUCGUGGUCCAGCUCAUGGUGCGCCUGGGCUUGCAGGCCUUUCUGGUCCACCUGCUGCCCCACGUCCUGCAGGUGCUGGCCGGUGGGGAGGCCUCCCCGGAGGAAGGGAAGGGCCUGGCCGGGGCUGUGGAGGAUGAAGAGAGCGGGCUGGCCGCGACUGGGCCCGGGCCCUGUGCCUUUGGGGAGGAGAUGCCGAUGGAUGGGGAGCCCGAGGCCGCCGCCUCCGGCCUGGGGCUGCCAGACUACACGUCCGGCGUCAGCUUCCACGACCAGGCCGACCUCCCCGAGACCGAGGACUUCCAAGCGGGGCUGUACGUGGCCGAGUCGCCACAAGCCCCGGAGGCUGAGGCCGUGAGCCUGGGCCGGCUCAGUGAUAAGAGCAGUGCCAGCGAGGCGUCCCUGGGCGAGGAGCAGGCUGCGGACGAGGGCGGUGCCCCUGCGGACAAGAGCAGCCUCCAGUCGGGGGACAGCAGCCAGGACCUGAAGCAGAGCGAGGGCUCGGAGGAAGAGGAGAUGGAGGAGGAGGAGGAAGGCUGCGUGGUGCUAGAGGAAGAGGGGGAGGGAGAGCAGGACGAGGUCACUGGCGCGCCGGAGCUUGCCCUCUCCGAUACGGUACUGUCCAUGGACACGGCGGAGCCCGGGGGCCGGACCCACGGGGAGGAAGAGGAAGAGCCACUGGCCGAGCAGGCAGAGGGCAAAGAACAGGAGAUCCUCCUCGAUACAGCCUGCAAGAUGGUCCGCUGGCUGUCCGCCAAACUUGGUCCCACGGUGGCUUCCCGCCACGUGGCCCGGAACCUGCUCCGCCUGCUGACAUCUUGUUACGUGGGGCCCACUCGGCAGCAGUUCACGGCGAGCAGUGGCGAGAGCCCCCCGCUGAGUGCCGGGAACAUAUACCAGAAGAGACCGGUGCUCGGUGACGUGGUGUCGGGGCCUGUGCUCAGCUGCCUCCUCCAUAUCGCCCACCUGUACGGGGAGCCUGUCCUCACCUACCAGUACCUGCCUUACAUCAGCUACCUGGUGGCCCCUGGCGGCACUUCAGGCCCCACCCGAUUGAACAGCCGCAAGGAGGCCGGGCUUCUGGCAGCGGUGACCUUGACCCAGAAGCUCAUCGUGUACCUCUCAGACACCACCCUCAUGGACAUCCUCCCCCGCAUCAGCCACGAGGUCCUGCUGCCCGUGCUCGGCUUCCUUACGUCCCUCGUCACGGGCUUCCCGAGUGGAGCCCAGGCCCGCACCGUCCUGUGUGUGAAAACCGUCAGCCUCAUCGCCCUCAUCUGCCUGCGCAUAGGACAGGAGAUGGUCCAGCAGCACCUGAGUGAGCCCGUGGCCACCUUCUUCCAGGUCUUCUCCCAGCUGCAUGAGCUCCGGCAUCAGAACCUGAAGCCGGAUCCUGUGGGCCGUGGCGAGGGCCAGCUGCCGGAGGUGGCCUUCUCCAAUGGGCAGCAGCAGCUUGUGGACCCCAGCCUGCUGGAGGAGCUGCAGAAGGUGUUCACCGUGGAGAUGGCCUACACGAUCUAUGUGCCCUUCUCCUGCCUGCUGGGUGACAUCAUCCGCAAAGUCGUCCCCAACCACGAGCUGGUUGGGCAGCUGGCGGGGCUGUACUUGGAGAGCAUCCGCCCAAACAGUUGCAGCCCUGCGAGCGUGGCACCCGCCAUGCCCAGCAGCGGCCCUGAGUGGGACGCCCAGGGCAGGGGCUGCCCCCACGAUGACAGCCACUCGGGGACCUUUGGGAGCGUCCUGGUUGGGAAUCGAAUCCAGAUCCCCACAGACUCGCAGCCCGAGAGCCCCGGCCCACUUGGCCCCAGCUGCGGGGUGGGUGGCGGGGGCCUGAGUGGCGGUGGCAGCAGCGGUGAGGACCACGCCCUGAAGCGGGAGCUGCCACGCAGCGCGCAUGGGCUGAGUGGGAACUGGCUAGCAUACUGGCAGUACGAGAUUGGCGUGAGCCAGCAGGACGCCCACUUCCACUUCCACCAGAUCCGCCUGCAGAGCUUCCCCGGUCACUCGGGGGCUGUCAAGUGCGUGGCGCCCCUUAGCAGCGAGGACUUCUUCCUGAGCGGGAGCAAGGACCGGACGGUGCGCCUCUGGCCGCUAUACAACUAUGGGGACGGCACCAGCGAGACAGCCCCGCGCCUGGUCUAUGCACAGCACCGCAAGAGCGUCUUCUACGUGGGCCAGCUGGAGGCCCCACAGUAUGUGGUGAGCUGUGACGGGGCUCUGCACGUCUGGGACCCCUUCACAGGGAAGGCCGUUCGCACAGUGGAGCCAUCGGACAGCCGGGUGCCCCUGACUGCCGUGGCUGUCAUGCCCGCCCCAUACACCAGCAUCACCAUGGCCAGCUCGGACUCCACCCUGCGCUUCAUGGACUGCAGAAAGCCUGGCCUGCAGCAUGAAUUCCGCCUGGGUGGCGGGCUGAACCCAGGGCUUGUGCGCUCCCUGGCCGUCAGCCCCAGUGGCCGCAGUGUGGUGGCCGGCUUCUCCUCGGGCUUCAUGGUGCUGCUGGACACCCGCACCGGCCUAGUUCUGCGUGGUUGGCCAGCCCAUGAGGGGGACAUCCUGCAGAUCAAGGCAGUGGAGGGCAGCAUCCUGGUCAGCUCUUCUUCCGACCACUCGCUGACUGUCUGGAAGGAGCUGGAGCAGAAGCCCACACACCACUACAAGUCGGCGUCCGACCCCAUCCAUACCUUCGACCUGUACGGCAGCGAGGUGGUCACUGGCACCGUGGCCAACAAGAUUGGCGUCUGCUCGCUGCUCGAGCCGCCCUCCCAGGCCACCACCAAGCUCAGCUCCGAGAACUUCCGUGGCACGCUCACCAGCCUGGCCUUGCUGCCCACCAAGCGCCACCUCCUGCUGGGCUCAGACAAUGGUGUCGUUCGCCUCCUGGCAUAGUGGGCCUGGGUUGGGGCCCACCCCCAUGGAGUGUACCCCUCACUCUUGGUCCCCCCCUGGCUUUUCCCUGCAGGCGGACCUUGGGCCCCAUUCCCUGUGGACCCACCUGGCAUGCCAGCUGGGACCGCCAACUGGGCUGUGCCCAGGGUCCCUGAAGCCCCAAACCCACCAAGGCUGCCCGAAGAUGUUUUACGAGUACUCCAGGCUUGGUGAGAUGCUGCCCCCAGCCAGCAGGGGGUGAGCGGGAGAGCAGGGGCUGUAGCUGUUGCUCCCAAUUCCCACGGGCCUGCCAAGCCAGUCUCCAGCCAAGAACCCCUCCCUUACUGGACUCCCUCUGUCCCUAUUCCACAAGGACAAGGACACUACCCCCAUCCAGGGUACUGAUGGUGCUGACUCCAGCCUUGGGGGGGUUGGUGGUACUGGCCACGGGCCAGGAGUUAGGGCUCUGGUAUGAGGUGUUAGUGUCCACCCAGCCAGACCCUGCCCGGUAUGGGACCAGUGGGCGGUGGGGGGAGGGAGGUGUCGGCCUGUGGGAGGGAAGAUGGGCUGGGUCAGCUGUUGCCAGCCAAGCAGGACCCCGCCCCACCCACAGUGUUUGUGCCUUGAGCUGAGGAGGUGGCCCGGAGGCCCACAAGCCCUCUGGGGGCAUGGAGGGCCCAAGAUUCUGAGAGAGCAAGUACGGGUGGAGGAAUUGUCUCUGCCCCUGCAGUCUUGCAUGGGAAGGGAGACCCAGGCUUUCCCGUCUGCACCGGAGUAGAUGAGGUCUGAGACUCGGCCCGGCUGCCUCCUCGCUAUUUGCAAUAGCUAUAAAUAGGACCAAUAAAACUUUGGAAAAUCCG